GCGGGGCGCGGGCACCCGGGGGCGGAGGAGCCCGGGAGGCGGGAGGCGGGAGGCUCCCGGGCCGUUUAAGCGGCCUCCCUCCCGCCCCCAGCCGCCUGCUCUGGCUCCGGCCCUGUGCUGACCCCCGGCGUGGCCCACUCCGGCCCAGCCCAGCUACGCGGCUCCCGCCUGGCACGCCGGCGGCCUCGGGAGCAGCUCAAACCCAUGAGGCCCGCGCGCCCCGCCGCCGGUGCAGACGAGACGGAGCUCCCGGCCCCCGCGGAGGAGCGGAGGAUCAAUGCGGUUCAGGAAUCGAUUCCAGCGUUUCAUGAACCAUCGGGCCCCAGCCAAUGGCCGCUACAAACCAACGUGCUACGAACAUGCUGCUAAUUGCUACACACACGCAUUCCUCAUCGUUCCGGCCAUCGUGGGCAGCGCCCUCCUCCAUCGGUUGUCGGACGACUGUUGGGAGAAGGUAACAGCAUGGAUCUACGGGAUGGGCCUCUGCGCCCUCUUCAUCGUCUCCACGGUGUUUCACAUAGUGUCGUGGAAAAAGAGCCACCUGAGGACAGUGGAGCAUUGUUUCCAUAUGUGUGAUCGAAUGGUCAUCUAUUUCUUCAUUGCUGCUUCCUACACGCCAUGGUUAAAUCUCCGUGAACUUGGACCCCUGGCAUCUCAUAUGCGUUGGUUUAUCUGGCUCAUGGCAGCUGGAGGAACCAUUUAUGUAUUUCUCUACCAUGAAAAGUAUAAAGUGGUUGAACUGUUCUUCUAUCUCACGAUGGGAUUUUCUCCAGCCUUGGUGGUGACGUCAAUGACUCCAAGUAGCAACUGAAGGAGAGAGCCGGAAAGCAGCAGUCUGCCCAGAGGUUAGCUGUGAGCCAGUUCACGGGGCAGGGACCUAGGGAGGAGAGAGCUGCUGAGAGAAACCUCCAGGAAUCUACAGAGGAAUGCGUUUGGACUUGUGCAGGAUUUGUGCAGGGCAAAAUUCUGUAAGCCCUCACUUAGAGUGACCAUUUGAAGGUGAUGAGCAAAAUGGUAUUCCAGAGGCACCCACUUUGGGAAGAGUGGUGUUUCUACCAUCCCAAGUGGUGAAACCACACUGGACAUCAAACAUCCCCAGCUUGCAGGUGACCAGAGUCACCUUGGGACCAGAGUUAAUUGCCCCAUGUCUCAGUUGUUUUUAAUCACUGUGACAAAAACAAAAAAUAAAAAUAAAAAAAUAAAAACAAAAAUCAAAAUGAAAAGCCACAGAAACAUGAAGGGAGGAGGGAUUAAGGAUUUCUUCCGGCUCCUAACUUCAGAAGCUUUAGGCUGUGGUCACUUGGCGGUCGGUUGUGGGCUUGUGCAUGGCAAGGCACAUUGUGGAGGGAGCAUGUGACGAACAGGGUGGCUCACCUCAUGGCAGACAGAGAGAUGGCUAAGAGGGAGCCAGGGACAAGCUAAAACCCUUCAGAGGCAUACCCUGCCCCAGCGACCUGCUUCCUCCAACAAGGCCCCACAUUCUAAUAGCUCAUUAUACAAAGUCCUCUGAUCAAAAUAGACAACAUGCUAGACUGCAAAAUCAUCUUUGAUGCUAAAGAAUUGAAACUGCCCCCCCAAAAUAAUAUAGAGAACUCCCACAUAUUUAAAGAUUAAACAACACACUUCUAUAUAAACUCCUGGGUGGGUCUUUGAAUUGACCAGUAAUGAAAAUGCAACCUGACAGUUUGUGGGCUGUAGCCCAAGUGGUGUUGAGGAGUGCGGUGCUUUAGAUGCCUCUGAGUGUGCAGAUUAAUUGUAUGAGUCAGCUUGACCAGGCCAUGGUACCUAGAUGUUUGCCAGUUGCCAGCCUGAUUGUUAUGAAGAUACCUCGUCAGUAAUGCUUGCUUCAAUUCAGUAGACACAGAGUGUAGUUCCCUGUAAUGUGCUGGGCCUAAGGGACUUAAGGGAAAAAAGACUGAGGCCUUCCUAGGAAGGGUCCUGCCGUCUUGGGAUGCUGACUGCAGCAGCAGCAGCAUUACCUGGACCAGUCUGCCUGCCCCGCUGCAGAAUUCGGGUUUGCUGCUCCAUAAUUACACAAGCCAGUUCCUUAAAGUCUGUCAGUACACACAUGCGCAUGCAUGCGCAUCUGUUCUCCAAGCAGACAUCCACAUGUGUCUUACUGAUUCUGCCUAGUCCUGCACGGGGUAGUCCCGAAAGCCUGACUAGGGUGAGGAGGGAGUGAAGAAAGAACAGACACAAAGCUGACAUCAGGUGGGCUGCGCUCAUUCUACUGGAGGGACUCCAAUUACGCAGCCUAAAACCCUAGGGAGUUUAUUAUGUGCAGCAUGAGAAGGAGGACUUAGCCAGCCUUGGUAGGAGGUCUCCAUAGGGGAGCAGUCUCAGAUUGCAGUCAUCUGUAAGGAAGAGGCUGCAGUUGCUAGUUUUCACACAUCCCUAUAGGUCAGCCCUUGGUAAACACUAGUGUUUGGACCAAAGUGAGGCCUUGCCAUCCCUCUGAGCCUUACCCAGAGAAAGGCUUUGCCAGUGCCCGUGCAUCUGGGGCACUGGUGUCCGCUCCGUGUCUGUGCCCAGGUCAGUAACACACAUUCUCACUCACUCAGGGCCGCCUCAGCCCCCCGCAGUUGUAGCUCUUUGAAGAACUCCAAGUAAUAGAAAGAAGAAGGUUUGAAAAUUAGUGGUGUAAGCAUCCACCUUCAGAUGGGAAGGAAGAGUAAGUCUAGCCUACAGUAGCUAACAGUGAAGAAAUAAUUGGAGGGCUGUGGAUAUGGCUUAGUGGUAGAGCUUGCUUGGCGUGUAGGAGGCCCCGGGUUCAAUUCCUAGGAUUGAAGAGAGAGUGGGGGAGGGGGAAUAUGAAUGGGAAUGGAUCAACAAUUGGAGAAAAAUAAAUGCAAUGAAACACUGUCUCUUUGAAAAGGUUUACAAUCAGCAAAACUUAGGUAGACUGAACCAGAAGCAGAGUAAGCGUAAACUACCAUUCUGAGGCAUGGAAUGCGGAAUAUCACCACAGCCUGCAGCUGUGAAAGGAUGAUGAGGGAGUAUUGUGAAGAACUUGAUAUCAAUAAAUACAGCAAUUUAGAUGAAGUGGACACAUUUCUUGAAUCGUUUUCCCUACAACAUACUGAAGAAGAAACAAAGAUUUGAUGUCCUUAUGAUAAUAUAUAAGAAAACUAAAUGCAUAGCCAGAAGCAUCCUCCAAAUAAACAAACAAACUUCCAAAGCCUGGUAGCUUUAUUCAUACAUUCUAGCAGAUUUUAGACCUAGAGUCAGAAUAGUAAUACUUCUACACAAACUUUCACAAAUGUAGUAGAGCUCAGUGAGGUGGGACAUUUCCAGUACCUGGGAGGUAAAGGAAGAAAGAUCAAGAGUUCAGGACUAACCAGAGCUACCUGAGAGUUAUCAAUCAUCAAUCAAUCAAUCAAACAAACAAACAAAACAGAAAUGGAAGGAACACUCCUAGUUCAUUUUCUAAGGCCAAUAUUACCCUGAGAAUCAAACACACAUUGCAGGAAAACCACUAACCAGUAUUCAUGAAACAGAGAUAAGCAACAGAGUAUGAGCAAAUCUAGUGUCAUGAGAAUGUAAAAAGAGUCAUAAUCGGGUUACAUUUCAUGUAGGAAUGCAAGGUUGGUGCAUCACUUAGAAAUCAAUCAUUGAAAUUUGCCACAUUGAGAGAAUCAAGGAGAAAGAUUGGUUAUCUCAACAGAGGAAGGAAAAGUGCAAACUUAGAAACUUCACAUAUCCGACAAAGGACGCUUCUAAAAAAAAAAAAAAAAAAAAAAAAAAAAAAAAA